CUUAAUUCAUUGUGAGUGGUACUGUAAAAGAAGAAGCAAUCCAUUUGGUUUUGACAUUUUGCAACGCUGGAAAGUGAUAAAAAAAUGGGACGGAAAUCAAAAACGGGCGGUGGCAAAAAGGGUGCUGCAUCAGCUAAGACUGCCAUUAAUAAGUCCAAGAAAGAUAAGAACAUUUUCAAAGUUAAUGAAGCCAAAAAUAAGAAGAAACCAAAAGAAGUGCAGGGUAAAUUGAAAAAGAUCAAAGAGGUGGUUAAGAAUAAGCAGGAGAAGAUCGAUGCCAACUUGAAGGAGUUACAUCAGGACAUGGUCGUCAAGAAACCGAAGGCAGCAGCCAAUCAUACCACAAUAAAGAAAAAUAAAAAAGCGCCAGCCAACACCAAAAACGUAUCACAGAAAUUAGGCAAUCUUAAAGUAUAAAAUGCCUUCAUACGUUAAAAACGCGAAGCAUCCAAGUUUUAAGCGUUCCCCCUCCCACCCAUAGAAAAAAUUUAGAAAAUU